AUGAGGUCUUUCUUUCCUCGCCGGCCCCUUGCUGUCCGUCGGUACAGUACCCAACGAUCCCCUCAUGCUCAGUGGUAUGCGGACCUCGUCCCUGCCAUGGUUCCAAUUACUCUUCUAGGCUCUGCCGUAUAUCUUGGCCUCCAACUCGUCCAGACCUCCCUGUCUCAUGAAAAAUUUCUCGAUGACGCCAAUAGGCGCGUAAAAGAACUCGAAGCAGAGGUCGAGUCACUUCACGCCGCCCGCCAACAAUCCCAACAACCUUCUGUGUCUGAAACGCCGUCUCAAGCACCAUCGCGCUGGCGUUUCUGGUAG